AUGUUGGGACUCAACAAGUGUGUAUUCCUGGUUGUCUAUGCCAUACAAUUCAUUCUUGGAAUACUGGGUAAUGGUUUCAUAGGAUUGGUCAAUGGCAGUGGCUGGUACAAGGGCAAGAGACUCUCCUUGUCUGAUUUCGUCAUCACUAUCCUGGCUCUCUCAAGGAUUCUUCUUCUGUGGCUUCUCUUGACUGAUGGCAUUUUAAUGGCAUUAUCUUUGAGGGAACGUGAUGAUGGUAUAGGAAAGCAAAUUCUUGAAGUUAUCUGGACGUUUACAAAUGAUCUGAGCCUUUGGCUUGUCACCUGCCUCAGUGUCCUUUACUGCUUGAAAAUUGCCAAUUUCUUCAACCCCACUUUCUUCUGGCUCAAGAGGAGAGUUUCCAGGGUAGUUGAGUGUCUACUACUGGGUGCACUGUUUUUAUCAAGUGCCAGUGCCUUAUCUAUGAUUCAUGAAUUUAAGAUCUUUGUGAUUACCACUGGAAUCAAUGAUACAGAGACUAUUUUAGAGUACUUCAGAAAGAAGAGUGACUACGAAUUGAUUCAUGGCCUUGGAAUGUUAUGGAAUCUGCCUCCCCUAAUAGUGUCUCUGACCUCCAAUUUUCUGCUCAUCCUCUCUCUGGGAAGGCAUAUGUGGCAGAUGCAGAAAAGUGGUACUAACUCUAGAGAUUCAACCACAGAGGCCCAUAAAAGGGCUAUCAAAAUCAUCCUCUCUUUCCUCUUUCUCUUUCUACUUUAUUAUCUUGCCCUUUUAAUGAUAUCAUCCAGUCAUUUCUUACCAGGAACUGAGAUUAUCAAGAUGAUUGGGAAAAUAAUUAAAUUGCUUUAUCCUUCUGUCCAUUCUUUUAUUCUCAUUCUGGGACAUAAUAAAUUAAAGCAGGCAUUUGUCCAAAUAAUCUGGCAUAAACCUUGUCAUCUCUACACUGGAUUCUAG